AUCUUUUGCCAAGCUACUAAACAACAAGAAUUUUAAUUUUUUAGGUUAUAUUUUUGGAUUUCAGGAAUGGUUAUGUUAUUGCACAAAUAAAAUUAAAAUAUUUAUGUUAAUAUGGCUCUUGUGUUGUCGAAUAUAGCGACUAAAUCUAACUUAAAAGUUAUAGAAGAAAAAUUGUUUGCAUUAAGUAUCUGCAAUAGCAAUCAAACAAGAUGUAUGGCUAAACUUAAUCCUCCGCCUAGACUAAGAAAUCCUACAUGGUUUACAAAGAAAAUGAUAUUUACAAGAGAUGAAGAAAUAACCAAAGAAAAUGAGAAGUUUGUCCAAGAAGUAAUACAGGAUAAGUACAGUAACAUAACACCUAAAGGCGAAGUUGCCACAAAUAUUGAGUGGACACCAGAGCUGCAAAGAACUGGAGUGAUAGCCAGAAAGAUUGGGGUAUAUCCUCUUUGGCUAAAGAAUGGUAAACCUAUACAGACCACGUUACUUCAAGUAUUGGAUAAUCACGUCAUCAAAAAAAUAGCCCCUGACGAAUACGACUCUCCCAGAAAAAGAGUAUUAGAAGUUCGCAACAAGAAAGCUUGCUUACUGUUGGGUGCUGAAGGUGUAGAUCCUUCUAAGUUUACUAAAGAAUACUGUGGUCUCUUCAAAGAGUCUGGGGUCAUUCCAAAGCAAGUACUUGCUCGGUUUUUCGUGAGUCCUGAUGCAGUGCUACCCUUGGGCACGCUUAUCUCAGCCAUGCACUUCCAAGUAGGCAAUGCCAUAGAUGUCCGUGGAAAGACGAUUGAUCGUGGUUUCCAAGGAGUAAUGAAGCGACAUGGUUUCAAGGGAAUGCCCGCAUCUCACGGUGUCACAAAGACCCACAGAAGAGGAGGUAAUAUAGGUGGAGGUGGAGAGAAAGGAAGAGUGUGGCCUGGAACGAAAAUGCCCGGGCAUAUGGGCAACCGUUUUAGGAUAGCUAAAGGCUUGAAGAUAUUAAGAAUAAAUACGAGGCACAACGUGCUUUGGGUCACAGGUCAAGCUAUACCCGGUGAAACGAAUUCUAUUUGCUUUAUUUAUGAUUCAAAGUUGCCUUUACGGAAGCCAGAGAAGGCUUUGCCUUUUCCAACGUACUUGGGUGGUGUAGACGAUAGUGUUCCCGAAGAUAUUUACGACGAUAGUAUCCAUAGUUUUAGUGAUCCUUCUAUUAUUUUUAAAGAAAGUAAAUAAAUGUAUAUAAUAAAUAUUGCGCUAGUUGAUUUGUUAAAUAA